AUGACGAUGGACUCUUCUGGCGUCAAGCAGAUUGUCCAGGCGUUGGAGGCGAUCCACGAGCCUCGGUCAACGAAUGCACAACGAAGAGAAGCCCAGGAGUUUUUAGAGGACAUAAAACGCAACGACGAGGCGCCGUUUUGGGGGUUCCAGCUAGCAUUGCCUGGCGAAUGCGAUAAGAAUAGCAUUGUACGCCAUUUUGGGCUUCUGCUUCUUCAACAUGUGGUGAGUAACAAGUUCCAGACGCUAGACAGAACCAAGGUGCUUACAUUGAGGGAAUGGAUCGUCACGCUAUGUAGCAAGACGACAGAGAAUGAUCCGCAUUACUUGAAGGAGAAGGUGGCGUUUUUAUGGGCUUCAUUGGCCAAGCGUGUGUGGGGCAGCUGGCUCGUCAAGGGCGAAGACGUCAGCGAACGUCAAGGCUCGGGCUUUCUGAACGAGUAUGAAGAGAAGAAGAAGACUGAAACACCGCUGGGGAGCCAAAGGCUGGCGUCAGAGCAAGAUUUGGCUGACGGCUGGAGCUCAAUGGAUGCUGACUUGUGGGCCCUUUGGAACGAGAACCCACAGUGCAGAGAAUUGUCUCUCGUUAUCACCAGAACGUUAUUCGAGGACAUUUUCCUUCUAGACGAUAUUGUGGCCAGCAAGCGGUCUCCUAUUUUGAACCAGCUCAGUGUUCUCAUAGUGCAUCCUUCUUCGGUUCUAGAUCAGAUGUACGAGCCAAACCCGAGAAUAUCGCCUUGCAAAUACGUCAGCGAAGGUUGGUUCAGCCAAUGGAGCAAUUUCUUGCUCGAAGUCCUCUCCAACAACGAUAUCUCCUCCCAUUCGGCCCAAGCAUUUGUUCCUAAGAUCCUCAGCACAUUCAAAACAUGUCUCCACUGGGUGCAGCCUUCUGUGUUGCGUGGAGAAAACAUUCUCAAUACUUUGAUCAACAUACUUACAGUGUCUGACGUGAAGAUCAAGACCCUCGCUGUUGAUUGCUUGCACAUUCUAUUCACCAGAGCAUAUCCUACGCUGGAAGACUUUGAAUUCUUCGUGGGCAGCAUCUUUACUGCUGAAGGCAUCAAGAAGCUUUCUCAGUUUUAUCAUUCGCUCAAAGUGGAUCCUGAUGACAUUGAUGAACAAACCUAUGCAUUGCUUAAAAAGACCGUGGAGAUGAUAGUCUCCCUAAGCGAGUACCUCAACGUGCUGUUGCCGGCCAAAAACAGAGUAGACUGGGAGAAGGCCGAUGUCAGUGAAUACCUCCGUCUUAUUCUCACAACCACGAGUCAUCCAAGUUUGAUUAUAUCUGGUCUUUCUUUGCAAAUGUGGGUCACCACUCUACGUUUCGACGAACUUAGUUCCAAGGAACCCGUUCUCAAUGUCUUGAUGGACUUAAUGGAGCUUGCUGCUAAUCGAGUCAUCAAUUACGAAUGGCUUGGUGAGGAUGAGCCUUCCAAGAAGUUUCUUGAAUUCGACUUUGACCUGGCCCUGGAUUCAUCUUCCUUUCUUUCAAACUACAAAAAGUUCAACGAAGACAUUGUGCGUAUUACUGUCUGCAAGAAGCCCGAAGAGGGUCUCAAGUGGUUGGAGAAUAGGUUAGAAGGAUUCUUUUCUUCUCAACUCGGAAACACCUGCAUUAACCAAUCCAAAUUGGAGGAAAAGUCUGAUCCCUUUAACUGGGGCUCAGCUCAGUUCAACAUCAUAGAGAACAGUAUCAGAGGUGUAUCAAGGUGGAGGAUCUGGUAUAUUGGCGACGAUUUCGAAGCCAAAAACAAUAGACUUAAUGGCCUUGUCGAGGAUUUGGGAGAACGUUUAUUGGCCAUGCAAUUAGCUUCGCCUCUACUUAUAAGAAAACAGGUACAGACCAUGGUUCAAUUUGCUCCUUUACUCAAGGACGUGAGUCCCCUUAUGUUCAAGGUUUUGGAAAAGAUCUUGACUACGGCCACUUUCGAGUAUCCACCUAAUAUCGAUGACGAGGAGAAGGAGCUUAUUCGUGAUUUAAGAACUAGUUGUGGUACGGAACUUAAUAGACUUGCCUACAUCAUGCCAGAGUCGCUCAAGAAGAUCUUUUCGGAACUUGAGAAUGUCAUCUCCAACAUCUUGGCAUCCAACAAAGUUAGCAACCAUGAAAAUGUCGCUUUCAAGUCAUUCCUUUUAGUCAUUGCAUCACGUUCUUCUAUUGAAGACAAGGAUGCUCUUUUCGCCAAAAUUGUGGAUCCAGACUUGAUGGCCUGGUCUGCUCCUGAGACAGAAAAGGGGCUUUCUGAUUUGCAUUGGUUCAUGGAAAGGUUGGGCAUUGUUGAAAUAGCUCUGUACUUCCAAAGGAGGAAUAUUACAGCCACGACGAAUUUGCUUGAAGCUGAAAUGGAUGACGAAGGAAAAGCUCUCAAGAACAAGCUCAAGGAGCACUGGUCUUCCAUAUUCCCUAUCCGUGCUACGCGUAUCUUCAUCCAGUAUAGUAUUGAGAAGCUCAGUCAUGAUUCUCCUGAGUACCAGGCAUUGCUCAGACUUUGGAAGCCUCGAGUUACGCCUAUCAUUCCGCAUGUCUUGCAACUUCUUGCCCAGAUUCAAGCAUACCACAACCCAGACAAUUGGAAGGAUUUGCCUGAGGCAGUCCAAGCGUUCUUGCGCUACAGUAAAAUGGAAAGGUUUUGGCAACAGGGUGUGUCUAUCCAGAGUAAGGAGAUGUUCAUUGAAGAAAGUGUCAAGGCAGCAUUGACUUUGAGAGAUUUUGCUGAUAGUGUUGGCCACUUAGUGAGGUACACUAGAGAGUAUGCGUUUUUAACUAUUGGCUCGCUCUCUCACCUCGAAGACACUCUUUAUGAAAUCCCCAACAUUGCCACUCAAAUGUGGAACUCGUUGGCUGGCGAUACCGUUGGCGUGACAUUGCACAGUUGGAAGCAUAUGAUCAACAGUUGUCUCAGAAGCGUUGUAAAGAACUGUCCAGUCAAGUACGUGGAUGUGUUCAUGGCAGAACUUUUACCGAAGGCUCUCUACGACAUUGACAAGCUAAUUGGCGACAAAUGGGAAAAGGUUUACAACACUGGUCUCCAAUUACAGGGCAAUGAAGAUGAUGCUACACUUAGUGAAGAAAUGAUGGAAGAACAUAUGCUUAGGCAAUUGACUGCCACGGUUGUUCGUUUCUUGAUGGAUAUUAUUCCACAGUUCAACGCCAAAUCCAUGAGCGAUACACAAUUUGCUUGCAAGAGAUUGGUCACCACCAACAAGGAAGUUAUGGGAGCGUUUUUGCAGAUUUGUUGUCGUAUCAUUAGUCUUAAGGAUACCAAGUGUUCUUUCAAUACGAUCCUUGUGGCUCGUAACAUUCUUCCUGGUAUUGUGCUCAAGGACGAUGAUGUGGAUAAGUACCUUUGUGAUGUGUUUAUGCAUUCUUUAUUGAAGGUGUUGCUUGAUGACUACUUUGUGGAAACGCAUACUGAAGCCGCUACAGCACUCACGACGCUUUAUUGUGCUUUGAGAUCCAAGAACGACUAUCCUGCUAGGGUGUUGAUGGAUACGUUACCAAAUAUAAGCUCGCUGCAUGUUUCGAAUUUUGAGAACCUUCUCGUGGGAUCAAGAUCAUUGCGCCACCAGAGAUUGGCAUUGCUUGAGUUGGUCCGUAUUUCCAAGUCAGACGGUGAAUCUUCAGAAGAUGCUGAGUUGAAAUCAAGAAAGAAGCAACUUGAAAUGGCGUCAAUUACAAAAAAGAAGAAAAGUGCUAAUGAUAUUAUGAAUGAUCCGUUUACCGAAAACGGUGCGCUUAAUAACCUCUUUGGCGAGGAGUAA